AUGACAUCGAAAUUUUGGAUGGGAGUGUUAUUCGGCAUCGCAACAUUUGCUGGGCUUUUGCUGACGACGACUGUGAUGUUUGCCGUUGUCAAACUGGGGGUUUUCAAACGAAGAAGCCCAAUCUAUUUGAUCUCCACCGCUAACAUGCUCUGCGAUUGUAUACAGCUCGUACUAGCCAUUACUUACCUUGUUCCAUCCAUUAUAUGCGAUAGCUGGCUUUUCGAAGGGGAAAGACACAACAAGUUUUCGCAAUUUCUUGGAGCUGUUUUCCUAUUCUGCUGGUACUACGGAUCAGUAGCACAAAUCCUCAUGGCUGUCAAUAGAUUUUCCUUUGAUCACGAAUACCUUUCUUACUCCUACACUGUCAAGGAUGACGUUCCCAACUACUCCAACAUGUACAUUGAUUUACCUCUGAACUCAUCAUCAUCAGCUAUUUGUGCUGCAUGUUAUUUUUAUGUGAGGUUUGAUUAUAAUACUGCAAACGCUCGCUUGAGUGGCUCAUUCAGAUCAUCCUCUACAUACGCACUGCAAUUUUGUGCAAUUUCUGUGUUUUACUUGUGUGGUUGGGUCACAUUUCGUAUAUUUCCUGUACUAAUUGGCGCUAGAGGAGUGGAAUAA